AAGGGCGAUUAUGUCAUUCCAACUCUAGAGAGAGACAGAGGGAGAGCGUUGUUCUUACAUUAUCGCUCGAAAAAUCCCUUCUCGUCCUCGACCUUUCCGCUAAAUAUUUGCCGGCGACUCUCCGAUUUCCCGUGAAACCCUAGCUGCCGGCAGGAGAAUUUUUUGUCUGCUUCACCGUAGUAAGUCCUUGAAUUAGGCAAUACAGAGCCAUCAAGAGUAGUUUGGGGCGGCUAAAAGUUACGUACCUUGGAAAGCUUCAGAGAGCUAUGAAUUUAUUUUUCAUUAUUGUCUAACAAGAAUGCCAGGCAUACCUUUAGUGGCUCGCGAAACCAUCUACUCUAGAAUUGGAGAUCAGAUGUGUCGCCCAGAUUCUAGUGUACAUUUAUCUGCGGAAGAGGAAAUUGAAGCUGAGGAGAGCCUUUCAGUUUAUUGCAAGCCUGUAGAACUUUACAACAUCCUUCAACGCCGUGCUAUUAGAAAUCCAUCAUUUCUUCAAAGAUGUUUGCAUUACAAAAUUCAAGCAAAGCACAAAAAGAGGAUACAGAUGACAAUUUCCUUGUCAGGGAGUAUGAAUGAUGGAGUACAAACUCAAAGACUGUUUCCUGUCUAUGUAUUGUUGGCCAAGCCAGUUUCCAGUGUUUUGGUUGCAGAGCAUUCUGCAGUUUAUCACUUCAGUCGAGCAUGUAUGUUGACUAGUUAUGCUGGAACAGAAGGGAUGAAUCGAGCUCAAGCAAAUUUUAUUCUACCUGAUAUAAAGAAGCUAGCAGCUGAGAUCAAAUCUGGCUCUCUUGCUAUCUUGUUUGUCAGCUUUGCUGAAAUUACAAAUUCUUUGCAUGGACCUGAUACCAAGGACCAUAUGGAUAUGACAUCUUUUCCUUCAAAUGUUGGAGGAUAUUGCUUAUUGGGUAAGAUACCAAUGGAAUUACUUUACUCUUCAUGGGAGAAGUCUCCAAACUUGAGUUUGGGGGAGCGAGUGGAGAUGAUGUUAUCUGUUGAUAUGCACUCCUGCUUUGUGAAGUCGAGCUGCUUGGACGAUGACAAAUGUAUUUCGUUUCAGAUUCCCUGUAACUCUGGAACUGUGGGCAUGUCAAAGCAAGUGCAAGUUGUCAUUUUUGCAGAGGAGAUUGGGGCAAAGGAAAAAUCUCGCUAUAACUCAGACUCAUAUAAUGACAUUCCUACUUCUUCACUGUCUAAUAUUAUUCGGUUGAAAGCUGGAAAUGUCAUUUUCAACUACCGGUACUUUGACAAUAAGCUGCAGAGGACUGAAGUGACUGAAGAUUUCUCCUGUCCAUUCUGCUUGGUAAAAUGUUCAAGCUUUAAGGGUCUGAGACAUCACUUGUCCGCAUCACAUGAUCUUUUCAACUUUGAGUAUUGGGUAAAUGAAGAGUAUCAAGCGGUGAAUGUAUCUGUAAAAACUGAUAUAUGGAGAUAUGAGAUUGUUGCAGAUGGUGUUGAUCCUAAGCAACAAACAUUUUUCUUUUGUUCAAAGCCGCCAAGACGUAGAAAACUGAGUAACCUAAUUCAAAAUGCAAAGCAUGUGCGACCACUCGUCUUGGAUUCAGACUUCCCUACAGCAAUCGAUGACCUUCAGGACAAGACUGAUGGUGUCGCAGAGUUUAUGGACUGUGAUGCAUCCAGCCCAAAUGUCACAGGGGUUUCAACUGCUACAGCUCAAUCAUUUGUAGAUCCUGAAUGCGUUCAAUCAGUACCUGGAAGCAACCUUGCACCUCCUGCCAUGCUACAAUUUGCAAAGACAAGGAAGUUAUCUAUCGAACGUUCAGACCCUAGAAACCGGGCCCUCCUGCAGAAGCGCCAGUUCUUUCACUCACACAGAGCUCAGCCGAUGGGAUUGGAGCAAGUAUUGUCAGAUCGGGAUAGUGAGGAUGAAGUUGAUGAUGAUGUUGCAGAUUUUGAAGAUCGCAGGAUGCUUGAUGAUUUUGUGGAUGUCACCAAAGAUGAGAAGCAAAUGAUGCAUCUCUGGAACUCUUUUGUGAGGAAGCAACGUUUAUUCGUCAUGAUGGUAGGGUGCUGGCAGAUGGCCAUAUUCCUUGGGCAUGCGAGGCAUUUUCAAACUUGCAUGGACAAGAUCUUGUCCGCACACCGGCCCUGCUUUGGUGUUGGAGAUUAUUUAUGAUUAAACUGUGGAAUCAUGGUCUUCUUGACGCUCGAACCAUGAACAAUUGUAAUAUAGUGCUUGAAAAGUGCCAGAGUGAUAACAUGGAUGCUACUAGAAGCUAAAGCUGUGAUGAUCUAUAUAUCGGUGUAGGGAAAUACAUUGACGGUGAUGAGAAUAAGCUUCCUGAUUAAUUUAGGGACCUCUAUCACCAAAUUUGUAGCAUUUUGUUGUACUAUGUUCAACUCCAUUCAACUUUUGUAUGUCCGAGGCAUAGCCUGUAUAGAUUUCUUUUUGUUCUUAUUUAUGGCAGUAAGAAUUGUGUA